UCAGGCAGGCAGCAGCUCCACCAAGAUGGAUUUACACAGCAUCAUCGAGCAGCUGGAGACCGGAGAGCAGGACGCUGCACUGGCUGCUCUGCAGGGCUACAACCAGGAGAUGAGCCAGUGCUUCACGUUCAACAGUCAGGAGGAGCAGGACAGGAAGGUGGGUCAACUCUCUCGCCUGGGGGAGCUGGUGAUCAACUUCCUGAAUAAAGACUUGCAGCCGUCGUGUUUGCUCGCCUGUCUAGAGACUGUCCGUAUCCUCACCAGAGACCAGCAAUGCUUGGAUCCGUUCGUCAGCCGUCGGGCCUUGUCCACUCUCGCCUCCUACGCCGGUAUUUCUGUGGCCGGUGCUCAAACAGCUCCUCACAGUCAGCCGCUGGAGGGCCGAGUUGAAGAGGACAGAGGAGAGACUGAGGAGGCAGCGGAGGGAUCGAGCGAGGUGGUGAAGGAACUGUCGCCUCCGUCUGAAAACCCCGACCAGGAAGUGAUUGUGGAGGCUCUGAAGUCCAUCAGUAACAUCCUGCUUCACAGUGAGACGGGACAGGUGGUGGCAGCAGAUCUCCAGCUGAUUGAAGGCGUGGCGAAGAGGCUGAAGCAAUGUCACAGUUCCACUUGGAACCACGAGGUACGCUUCUUCGACCUCCGGGUGACCUUCCUGCUGACGGCGCUGAGGGUGGACGUCAGGGAGCAGCUGGCUCGGGAGCUUCACGGCGUCAGUCUGCUAGGGAACCAGCUGGACGCCACUCUGGGUCUGUGCUGGCCUGGCACACUGGAGACAGCCAGGGCACAGUUUGAAGACGUCCCCCCCGAGGACCUGCCCCCCCUGAGCCGGCAGCAGAUCGAACUCGCCAUGGAGACCCUGAAGAUCCUCUUCAACGUCACGUUCGACACCAACAAACGCAAAGUGGACGAGGAAGACGCAGCAGACUACAGACACUUGGUGGCCAUACUGCGACACUGUCUGAUGAGCCGAGCAGGCGGAGAAGAAGAAACCUCAGAUUUCCACAGCCACACGGUCAAUCUGCUGGGGAACCUGCCUCUGCCCUGCCUGGACGUCCUGCUGGUCCCCAAAGUCCAGCAGGGGUCCAUCGAGUACAUGGGGGUCAACAUGGACGCCGUCAGCAUGCUGCUGGACUUCAUGGAGAGGAGAAUCGACCGGGGACUGAAGCUGAAGGAGACUCUGCUCCCGUCCAUGAACCUGCUGACUGAGAGCGCCCGCAUCCACAGGGAGACCAGGAAGUUCCUCAGGUCAAAGGUUCUGCCUCCUCUGCGUGACGUGAAGACCAGGCCCGAGGUGGGCGACGCCCUGAGGAACAAGCUGGUCCGCCUGAUGACGCACAUCGACACCGACGUCAAGGACUGUGCCGCCGAGUUCCUCUUCGUCCUCUGCAAGGAGAGUGUGUCCAGGUUCAUUAAGUACACUGGAUAUGGGAACGCUGCCGGGCUGCUGGCCGCCCGGGGGCUGCUGAGGGGGGGCCGCGACUCCGGGAUCUACUCCGAGGACGAGGACUCGGAGACAGAGGAAUAUCGAGAGGCUAAGGCUCACAUCAACCCGGUCACAGGCGUGGUGGAGGAGGAGCAGCCGGACCCCAUGGAGGGAAUGACGGAGGAGCAGAAGGAGUACGAGGCCAUGAGGCUGGUCAGCAUGUUCGACAAACUGUCCAGGACCAAUGUGAUCCAGCCCAUGCAGCUCGGGAUGGACGGGAAGAUGAGGGAGAUGACUCCUGAGGAUCUACACAAACUUACCCACAAUCCCUUGUUCCAGUCGGAAGAGCCCGCCCGCUCAGACAGCGAGGAGGAAGCAUGA